UGUUUCGAUUGAACAAUCGACAAUCGACGCAACACGUAAAAAGAAAAACAAAAAAUAUAUAGAAAAAUCGGAAGAUAGUUUCGACAUUCUAAUGAGGAUUUUCCCAAAAAAAUAAACAAAAUUAUACGUGAAAUUAUAAUAACAGACUGAUUUUCGGUAAUUUUGUUCGUCAUUCUGCAGCUGUUAGUGAGUACACCAGUGUGACCGUCUGUCGAUCGAAGUAAUUUUACUGCAAAUAAAUUGCGCGUUUGCUUUUAGAGCUUAUGAUAUAAUGUCGCGUACGUUGAGCCAAUUAUUUGGAAGGUGCCUUUUGGGCCAGUCCUACGUGAAGCCGAUGCAGGCGAAUAGUAUGUUGCGAAAUCUGCUUAAUCCACAGCCAAUGCAAUCGGCGUGUGGUGGACGCAUUGCAUCCUAUUCCAAGAGAAAUGGUCCACCACCGGAUGCAGGUGAACCCUUCAAAACCGUGACAAAAUCACGCGGAGUCGACGAUGACGAUGUCAACAGUCUUGAGGAAGAACCCAAUUGGGAAUUGACAUCGCAACGUCACAAUCGCUUCUAUUUACCAAAUGCCACAGGUCCUGCAUGGCAGGGCGAUACAUCUACUGUCGGCUUAUUGGAACCGCUGGCAAAUCUAGUCAAUUUCUUUAAAGACGUUAACCUGGACAAGUCUCGUUUAGAGUUUUCCUGCUGCCAGUGUCCAUUGCUAAUACGUGAUUCAAUAUUCGAACUCUUCCCAGUGCGUGCAAUUGGCCAAAAAGACUACGCCAUAACACUUUUAACAUUAAGUUACGAAGGCGACAUCGAACAAGGUGCAGCAAAGUUUGUGCUUGCUGCCAGAGAAAUCAGUGACCGUUUACUUUCAUUGGGCUAUUGGGCAGACUUCCUGAACCCAUUCAGUGGAAGGCCAUACUUUUUACCUAGAGACGCCUCGAUAUUGUAUACACAGGACUAUCGCUUUCGUGGUCUAAAUAUGCGUCUAUCCAACCACAACCAGUGUGUCCUUAUAGCUGCUGAAGAGAACGACAGUCUUUACUUCUCAGGCACAAUAUUUUGCACAGCGCCAAAUAACUAUAGUUUGCUUGUAGAGUUGCUCGCGCCCGCAGAGUUCAAAAUCAGAUUUGAAGAUGUGCCUCAAUGACAUUGGAAAGCUAUACAGUUUUGUAGUACAAUUUCAGUUAAGCCGACAGCGAUGGCUCCAUGCAGCUAAGGCUGGCCAGCGACAGAUAUCAACAUAGGAUAACACAAGUCUUAGCUGUGGUGACAAAUGUGUUAGUCAAGUUUUUGUUCCGACUUGUAACAAAUAUUGUGUACAAACUAUUUACACCCUCAUAAGUUUGUAAUG